UUAUACUAUUCCACUCCACUCGAGUCCUACUCUUUCUCAACAAGAGCAAGGACAGCAAUGGCUACCAUACAGCCGCCCUCAACCGGCGGCACAGACGGCGAUACCACACCGGUGCAGCAGCUCAACGACCCCAUCGCCGGGCUCAGGAACCGCAAGCAGCCCAACGCCGCCACCACCCCCACGGCGGCGCACACGACCAAGACUACGUCGUCGUCCGACGACUCUUACAAGGCCGACGACGAGGACAAUGCAGACGAUGCAGACGAUAAGAAGGCAAAGGAUGCGCCAGAGGUGACGUGGGGCAAGACGCCCGACGGUAAAGUGUUCCGCGUGCCCACGACCCACUCAUUCGUCCACACGCUCCUGCACACCUUCACCCGCUCGUCCCUGACGCGCUGGACGACCUUUUCGCUCGUGGCCCAGCCCGCCCUCUUCUUCCUGCUUGCCGGCUACCCGACGCUCAGGUCGGCCCUGUUCCUCGUCUACUUUGCCUUCUGGCGCGCGGCUUACGAUUUCGGCUUUGCAUGGGUCCUCCGCAAGCAGAGCGAGCAGAAGUGGGUCGUCCGCUCCCUCAAGCAGUGGGGCUGGCUCGACACCAACUCCACCUCGGGCGGCGCAGAGGGCCGCGAGUGGGCUAAAUGGUGGAAGCGCGAGCUCGAGAUGAAGGUCGGUGAGGGGUACACCUGGGAGUCGGUCCCGCAAGAGUACAACUCGUGGCUCAUUUUCCGCCAGCUCGUCGAUAUCGUCCUCCUCAAUGACUUUGUCUCGUACUCGCUCUUUGCGUGGGCCAACCUCAACUUCCCGGCUAACCAGGGCGUCUUUACCCACAUCCUUCGCUGGGUGUUUGGCUGGGCCCUCAUCGCCUUCAACCUCUGGGUCAAGAUGGACGCCCACCGCGUCGUCAAGGACUACGCUUGGUACUGGGGAGACGCCUUCUGGCUCAUGGUCAUGCAGCACGACCUCGUCUUCGACGGCGUCUACGAGAUUGCCCCUCACCCGAUGUACUCGGUCGGCUACGCCGGAUACUACGGCCUCUCGAUCGUCGUCGGCUCGUACACUGUCCUGUUCGUCUCGCUCGCUGCCCACGCCGCCCAGUUUGCCUUCCUUCUCUGGUUUGAGAACCCUCACAUCGAGCGUACCUAUGGUGGCGAGAAGAAGCCCCUCGCCGCUCGUAUCCCGCUCGAGGUCGAGGUGACUGCCAUCACCGCCGAGACAGCCGAUGCGCUCGCCCCUGAGAUCGCCACGCCCGCGGCUACCGACGGCGAGACGGAGAACGAGGCCGAGCUUCCCGAGCUGCCUGAGCAGGAGGAGGAACGUCUCAUCCACGCCCAUGUCGAGGACAGCUUCAGCGUGUCGACUGUCCCGACCGGCUCAUCCAACCUCCGUCGCGCGCGCGGCAAGAGCAUGUCGGUCCACGACCUCACGCAGUACUUCUUCCGCAAGCCGACGGUGAUCUUUGACCGCCUCGACAUCUUCCGUGCCUCGGACUUUGCGAUCGUCGUGCUCGUCGCCUACGCCGUCUGCUCGCUUGUCCCGGCUCUCCCCGCUGGCUUCGGCCUUGCUGCCCACUUCCUCCACGCCCUCGCCUGGCGCGCCUUCCACUCGUACGGCCUCGGCCUUCUGCUCCGCGCGCAGUCCAAGACCCGCUGGCUCGUCCGUCACUACCUCAACAACUACCCCUACCCCGUUGAGGGCAACUUUGACGCCGACGAGGACACUGGCGCCGACAAGGCCGUCGUCAAGCGUGCCACCGAGGAGGCGUUCCAGAACUGGCAGCUCGGCUACAACAUCUCGCUCGUCAUGACCUACGUCUCGUUCAUCGGUCUCGCUUGGAAGACGUACCACCUGCCCAGCGACUGGACUGUCAGCGGCACCAUCCUCCGCCACGUCCUUGGUGCUGUCCUCAUCGCUCUUCACGUUUGGUCGGCUGCCUCCAUCCGCGAGGUCCUCGGCGACUUUGGCUGGUUCUACUCCGACUUCUUCCUCUUUGACCAGGUUCCGUCGCGCCUCGCCUACACUGGCAUCUACCGCUUCCUCAACAACCCCGAGCGCAGCCUCGGCGGUGCCGCCUUCCUCGGCCUCGCCCUCAUCUCCAACUCGCGCCUCGUGUUUGCCCUCGCUCUCUUCUCGCACCUCAGCCACUGGUGGUUCCUCUCGUUCGUUGAGGGCCCUCACAUGCAGCGCCUCUACGGCGACCGCCUCCGUAAGGACGGUGGUCUUACCAAGACUGUCAAGGUGAUGGCUGGCAAGACCCUUGGCCGUAGCCUUGGCCGCAGGAAGAGCAUCCCCAACAUCAAGCGCUACGUCGACGAAGUCCGCGACUCUAUCGAGAAGGUCGAGGUCAAGGUGACCGAGGUUGUCGAAGACUUCUUCGAGAACGCCCGCCCUCGUCUCGUUGAGCUCGCCAACGACACCAAGAACCUCAUCCAGUCGUCGCGCGAGCGCAUGACCGUCACCCGCGUGGCCAAGGACAUCUCCGAGUACGACACGUCGCGCUACUCGAUCAACCUGGCUUCAUCGUCGUCGGCUUCGUCUGUUCCCCGCUACCAUGUCGGCCAGCCCAUCCGCGUUUCGUGGACCGCACCGUCCAACCACUCGCGCAAGGACUGGAUCGGCAUCUACCGUGUCGGCUCGGUCAAGUCGGAGCUCGUCACCAACAUCUCGUCGAUGGGCAAGUGGGUUCCAAUCUUUGAGGAGGAGUAUGUCGGCUCGGAGCAGACUGUCCUCACCCCCGGCGAGGAGAUCUCCACGGGAGAUGCUGGCACCGUCACGUUCCGCGGCAACCGCCUCCCCUGGGCUCCGGGACAGUACGAGCUGCGUUACCACCACGGCGGCAAGCACAAUGUCAUGUCGAUGAUCUCGCCGAUCGAGAUCUUUGUGACCAAGCCGUCAGAGCAGCACUCGUACCGUGCCGUCCGCGACACUGUGCUCAACAUUGUCGUGCUCGCGCUCAAUGCUAACCCGUCGCUUGUUCCCCGUUCGGCGAAGCAGCUCGCGCUCAACCCGAACCACAAGCAGACCAACAAGCGCGCCAGCCGUGCUCUCUCGGGGAGCUCGUCACGCGCUUCGGGCCUCGGUCUUCUGACCGAGUCCCACCCCUCGGCUGCGGCCUCCAUCCGCGAGGCCUCGGCCCCCGUGUCCGUCGCCACGUCUGCGUCGGGCACCGCGGCGUCCACGCGCCCCGCGACCCCGCUCUCGGCGUCGGCCUCAGAUGAGCCCAUGUCGCCGAAGCGCCCCUUCCUCUGCUCGUCAGCCGCUAUGACCGAGCUGGCUGAAGCGCUCGAACACGACGCGGUGCCACCCGGCUCACCGCCGCAGAACCAAGACCCGCUCUUGGACGAUACGCUGCAGGAUCCGGACGAUUUCGUCGUCAUGGACGAAGAGCAAGCCAAGCGCAUCACCAAGCUCGUCGAGUGGGCGUUUGAUGUCGAGCUCAACCCGGAUGUGGUUAUAGCGGACGCAAACGUCGGCGCGUUGGCGAGGCGCGUGUUAGGCGCGAGAAACCUCAUCGAUGGGAGCGCGGCGUCGUCGACGUCGAAUCUCGUCGGCGAGGGGUCGUAGUGGGCGUUUGUUCCGCGCGGCAGCCCUCGCCGCCAUCAUAUCUUCUCCAGUAACACGUAGCGACGCUGUCGCGUGACACUGCAAUUUGCGGAUGCCUUGUGGAGUGGCGGGUGAUUUAGACAUCUAGGCGUAUCCAUAUUCAUGCUGGUUUUAUGCAUGCGUUGCGUCCUG